AUGAGUAUUAAUUCUUUGGAUUCUGUAAUUGAUAAGGAUAAUAGUGAAUGUGAGGAAAGUGAUUCAUCAACGAGUACCUAUUCAGAUAAUUAUAUAAAUUCACAAUUUCAAAAAAAAUAUAAAAAACCCUCAACUGUUGGAAAUAUUUUAAAAAAAUUAAAAAGUCUAAAAAAUGGAAAUGUAAAAUAUACCUAUCAAAAUACAGAAAGAACACCAGAUAUAAUUAAAAAAUUUGAUCCAUGUUAUCAAUUUCAUAAUUGUUAUACAGAAAAAAAUCAUGUUAUAACUCUAUUUGAAAAUAAAAGAGAGAAAAUAAAAUUAGUACUCUUACAAAUUCUUGGAAAAGUGUUGUUCACCUCUAAUAUGUGGAUUGCAUUAAACAGUGCUGCAUUCCUUAGUCUAACAAUUCAUUUUGUUGAUUCUUCUUGGAAACUAAAUAGUUUUCUUCUAGAUAUUAUUUCAAUAGAAAAACUUGAGAAAGAAUUUAAUAAUUUUGAAUUUUUGCAUUAUAGAUAUGUUGCCUAUAUUUUAAAUCUUGUAAUUAGUUGGAGGUUUAAGCAUAUGGAUAAAUCAAUUUCAAAAUUAAGAACAUUGAUGUCAUAUAUUAGAUCAUCAAAACCAGCAAACAAUGCUUUAAAACACUUUUGUAAUAUAAAAGGUAUUCCCUACCUGUCUGUAUUAAAUUUACCUGUAGCUGAUGAUCAUGUAGUAAAAGAAAAGUAUUUGAAUGCAGAAGACCUUAAUAAUAUUAAUUCAAUUCUUGGUGAUUCUUCUCAAAUAUCAGCAUUUCUUGAUCCAUGUAUAAAAAUCUCUGUAUUCAAAACAGAAAAUGAAAAAAAUAAAAUAGUUGAUUUAAUUUCUGGAUUAAAUGAAUAUAUAUCUGAAACAACUCAACAAAUAGCUUUUGCUAAUAAUUCAAAUAAUGAUAAAAAUUACUUUU